CGUCUGAGGCAUGGACCCCAUCCUCAAGCUUUUCUUUCGGUUUCUUCUUGACGACCCUGACGGCCCCGACGACCCAGGACAAGAUGAACCAGGAGGAGCGCCUCCUGGCUCGCCUCCCACGCAUACGUUCGAAGGACCAUGGUUUCAGACGCAGAUGGUGCUCGCGUCUUCCAUCGGAAUUACGUCGUUCUUGAUAUUCUCGUACGCGAGGACGCGAUGGCCGUUGCUGUUCGCGCCGCGUACCAAGCUGAAAGGAUUUUCACCCCACGAGUCGCAUGCGCAACAGGGGUUUUUUGGCUGGAUAUUGCCGACUAUACGCACGUCCGAGUUCACUGUGCUUCAGAUCGUGGGGCUGGAUGCGGCAGUCCUGCUGAACUUCUACAAGAUGUCGUUCUACCUCUUCUCGCUCUGCUCGCUGUUUGCUGCCGCCAUUCUUAUGCCCAUCAACCUGAAGAGUAACAUCAGUAACGGCGGCGAUGAUGCCGACGACGACUGGCCCAUUGGCCCCGGACCGAACAUAUCCUCCGUGCGCUUCCCCUUCAUCUCUGCCGCGCCAACGAACGGCACCCAACCCGGCCGGGACUGGCUCGACCUCAUCUCCGACGCCAACUCCUACCUCUCCGUGCACCUCCUCUUUACCUACCUCUUCACCCUCCUCUCCCUCUACUUCAUCUACAAGAACUACAAGCGCUUCAUCCGCGCCCGGCAGCUCUUCUCGCUCGAGCUCGUGCACUCCAUCCCCGCCCGGACGGUGAUGAUCACCCAGCUCCCGGCACACCUCCGCGGCGAGCGCGCGCUCGCCGAGUACUUCGAGGGCAUGGACCUCGCCGUCGAGAGCGUGUCCGUCUGCCGCGAGGUCGGCAGCCUCAAGCGGCUGAUCGACGCGCGCACGCGGGCGCUGCUCAAGCUCGAGAAGGCCUGGGUCGACUACGUCGGCAACCCGAGCACGGUCGAGAGCUACGACCCCGCGGAGAGCGUCGCGCCGCCGCUCGUGGACGUCGCCGACGGCGUGGCGGACGCGGAGGCCCAGCGCGGGCGCGUCGUCGUGCCGCACCGGCCGCGGCCGACGAUCAGGGUCGGCUGGUUCGGCCCGAAGGUGGACGCGCUGGAGUACCUGGAGACGAAGUUCAAGGAAGCGGACGAGGCCGUGCGGAAGAAACGCCGGACGGGCAAGUUCAAGGCGACCCAGACGGCGUUCGUCACGUUCGAGAAGAUGUCCAGCGCUCAAAUCGCAGUUCAGACCGCGACCGCGUCUACGCCGUUCCAGUGCAAGACGCACCUUGCGCCGGAGCCGCGGGACAUCGUCUGGUCCUCGAUGUCCCUCCCGCAGUCGACGAUCAACCUCCGCGAUUGGGUCGUUGUCGCCGGCAUGGGCCUCCUCCUCUUCACCUGGAUCUUCCCCAUCACCGCGCUCUCGACCUUGCUCAGCUACAAGGAGAUUCAGAAGGUGAUGCCGUGGCUAGCGCGGCUGAUCGAGAGGAACGACAACAUCCGCGCGGUCGUGCAGAACUCGUUACCGUCGGUGGCGAUGGUCAGCCUGAACGCGUUGCUGCCGUUCCUGCUGGAAGCUUUGACCUACAUGCAAGGCUUCCGAGCGCGCAGUUGGGUUGAAUAUUCGCUCAUGAAGAAGUACUUCCUGUUCCUCCUCACGACCGUGGUCUUUAUAUUCCUCCUCGCGAGCACGUACUGGCAGCUCGUUCGAGAGCUGGCCAAUUCGCCUGCAAGGAUUCCGGAGAAGCUCGCGCAGGACCUGUCAAAGGGUCGCGCAAGACACUUCUUCCUUUCCUACGUCAUCCUUCAAGGCAUGGGCCUCAUGCCCCUCCAACUUCUCAAUCUAGGCGUGGCUAUCCCGUACGUGGUGCGACGUGCCCUGUUCACGAGGACUCCGCGAGAUUUCGCCGAGCUUAACGCUCCGCCGAUGAUCAACUACGGGGUCGUAUACCCGCAGGCCAUGCUCAUCUUCAUCAUCACCCUCCUCUACAGUGUUAUACAACCUCUCAUUCUUUUCUUCGGGGCCCUCUACUUCGGUGUUGCAUAUGUGGUGUACAAGUACAAACUCCUUUUCGUGUUCUACAAACCGUACGAAUCCCAGGGCCAGGCCUGGCCGAUCACCUUCGUCCGCCUGAUCUGGGGCGUUGUCAUGUUCCUCGUAUUCAUGACCGGGAUCUUCACCCUCCGCAAAGCGUGGAUCAUAUCAUCCCUGCUCCUCCCUCUCCUGGGUGGCACGGUGGUCUGGUCGUGGUAUAUCAGCAAGGAAUUCGAGCCUCUGAGCAAGUACGUCAGCUUGAGCUCGGUGAACGAGGUGCAGAGGGGUGAGGAUAGCGCAGAGGUGUUGAGGUUGAAGGCGGGGCACCCAGUGACUUGGUCACAGAGCAACCUACAUCGUAGACGAUAUGCCCAGCAUGACGAGACGCUUUACGUCGCUCCAGAGGAUGAUAGGACUGACUAUUCGCAACCUCCCAUGGCGAACUGGUAUCCUGGUGUCCUAAAUACCGGAAAGCGCCGCUAUGGACAUCCAGCACUGAACGGCGUCCUUCCCCAGCCGUGGCUUCCCUUGAAGAAGGGCCAGACCCUAGUCAACGGCGACAGACCCCGCACCAACAAGAUCGGAAAGGCGGCGGACGACGCCGUCGUGCUCACGUUACGCCGUCGACCGAGCACGCUCCGUAGAGCCAGCAGACGCGCUAGCCGCACAGCCAGCCGCGCACUGCUCACCAGGGUGGACUCCGCACCCGCGGAGGGUGCGGCGUCCACAUCGGCCGCUCCAGCCGACGGCGCGGAGGACACGCUCGCGAAUCCAUGGGGCGAAGAUGGCGCCGAAUCGCAUUUGAGGCGGUCUUCGACCAUGCCGAACCCGCUCCACCACCGGCUAAGCUUCGACGACGCCAGCGGCGUGAUCAUGCUGCCUGAAGGGGAAUGGUUAGAUCAGGACGAGAGCAGCGACAGCGACGACGACCUCCCAAGCCCGGGGCAUGCGUCAACGUCGGGGUCGCGGGAGCCGAGCCAGGCGAAUGACGUUCAGUUCCCGGCGACCGAAACGCAGACACUCCUCCCUCGCUCGCCGUCGAAACGGUACGGCACCUAUUAUCACCACCCGGAGAGGAGAAGAACACAGACAAUGCCCGGGACGUUCGCUUGACGAUAACGACGACGAUAACUAUAGUACGAUGCAUUAAUCGUUGGCUUCUCUGGAAUAUAUGCUAGGCUCUUUCUAUAUCCACUCACCCAGGUUGUCAACAAUAUCCGAAUGAUGAACUUCUCUGCCUGCAU